AUGACCUUGGAGCAUCGAAAUGGUGUAAAUUCAGUUGCGUACUCACGUGAUGGAACUUUGAUGGUGACGGCGAGUGACAAUUUCGUGAUAUUGUGGGAUGUCGAGUCAGGAAAUGAGAUCAAGAAGCUUGAAGGACAUUCCAGUUAUGUCAGCUCUGUUGCAUUCUCACCUGAUGGCAAGACUGUUGCUUCUGGAUCUGGUGACCGGACUUUGCGACUGUGGGAUAUCCAGUCUGGCAAUGAGAUUCAAAAGCUUGAAGGUCACUCCGACCCUGUCGUAUCGGUCGCAUUCUCUCCUGAUGGAACGACCAUCGUAUCUGGAUCUUGGGACAAAACUGUGCGACUGUGGGAUAUCCAGUCAGGAAAUGAAAUCCGAAAGUUGGAAGGACAUUCGGACUGGGUAAAAUCAGUCGCAUUUUCUCCGGAUGGAAAGACUGUUGUGUCUGGAUCUGAUGAUAAAACUAUUCGACUGUGGGAUGCCCAGUCCGGAAAUGAAAUUCAUAAGCUUAUAGGGCAUGAUUAUGGAGUCAAUUCUGUUGCAUUUUCUCCUGACGGCAAGACCCUUGCGUCUGGUUCUGGUGAUCUAACUGUGAGACUGUGGGAUGUCCAGUCAGGAAACGAGAUCCGCAAGCUGGAAGGCCACUACGGUAUUGUUUCGGCUGUCUCCUUUUCGCCUGAUGGAAAGACCGUGGUCUCUGGAUCAUGGGACAUAACUAUUCGACUGUGGGAUGCCCAGUCCGGAAAUGAGAUUCGCAAGCUUGAAGGCCACUCCAAUGAUGUCUCUUCUGUCUCUUUCUCGCCUGAUGGAAAGACCAUCGUAUCUGGAUCUGGGGACAAAACUGUUCGACUGUGGGAUGCCCAGUCCGGAAUUGAGAUACGCAAAUUGGAAGGCCACUCUGGAGGUGUCAUUUCGGUUAAAUUCUCGUCUGAUGGCAAAAUUAUUGAAUCUCGUGAUUGGAACGACGUUACUCUGUUUUGGAAGACGGAAACAGGUGCCCCUAUGGAACGUGGAAUUGAAAAUACCAACAACUCUAUGUCUCCAUCCGCUGACAGGUCGCUUGGGUUGGACAAACAAGGAUGGGUCAUUCAAGGACAGAGCGAAUCAACGAAACCGCUGUUUUGGUUACCCCAAGAAUUGCGGGGUAGACUGGUCAAUACCACCAGUAGCUUGGCGCUGGGAACGGAUGGAGGUCGUAUUGUUCUUAUUGAUAUUUCUAGGGUUUAG